AUGUCAGCCAAUAAUACAGGCCGAAUUCCUUUCCGCUCUAGCUCUGUCGAGGUAUCAUUGCGCCGAUCUAGAAUUCCUCAGUGUGAUUUUCUACGCGCACACGAGAAAACCGGACCUGGAGAGUCAACAUUGUUUGAGUUGAGCGGAAAACCAAUUGAGCCUAUCCGACGAGAGCCACGGGCCUCCAAGUUAACUGUUCCGAAGGCUGCUUCGGCAAGAGAGGUUGGUGCGCAAUGA